AUGGCGCAGCCGGCGGAGCCGGCGCAGCCUGAGCGGCGGAAGCUGCGGCAAGCGCAGCGGGAGAGGCUUCGAGCCAAUCACGUUGGAACCUACCGACAGACCCGCUCCAGCGGCACAAGCAGCGCAGCCUUGGAGGUCGACAGUCGGCGGCUUGAUCCGGAUGCGGAUGCUGAUGUGCAGGCGCUGGCGAAGUUGAAGGAACUGCGGGAAAACUUGGAGGCCCGGGGCGAAUUGGAAGCAUUGACCUCCGAGGAGAAGAUUGCCUUGGAGGUACAAACGACAGGAGAACUCACCCAGCGGUCAAACGUCCAGGUGCAGUUGAAGCGCGUCGAAGCUGAGGCGGAAAUGGUAAGAAUAGACCCUCCAGAAAGCCAAGUUUUGUGGUGGGAUCCAUUUUGGUCUAUUUGGACUUUAUGGACCCAGCUGAGCCAAUCCUUGUACAUGAUGGAAAGGGCGCUUUGGCCCGAUCAAGCGGCAGAGACACCGCUGAACAUUGCGCUUCCGCCUGACUCCAGGCCACUCAGUGACAUACUACUCGAUGGUUUUGACCCUAUGGCCCCAUGUAUUUACACGGCCAUCCAGGCCCUGGAGUCUUUCCGUGACUGGUUCUUGUUGUCUUAUGACGUGAACAUUCAUGCUGACCUCCACACCAUGCUUGCGGAUGCCAUGCUCAUCUUCCGUACAGCUGAAGCGAUUCUUCGACUUAAACAAAGAUGCCAAGCCUUACAACAAGUCCCGGUCGCUGAUCCCAUCCACCGAACAACGUCAGAUGAGCCAAAUGCAGCUGCAUCCUCCAGUCCAAACACCUCGACCGCACCUACACGAUCAUCGGUGCUUCAUGGUGACACUGGAGGUCAUCUCGAAUGGUAUUAA